UUUCUCUUUACACAAUCUUACUAUUUUUUUUUUAUAUAAAACAGAACAAAUUAGUAAGUUUAUUAUUUGUGAGGGUGUUUGAUUUUAAUUACAUACCAUAUUAAUAAUUUUUGCUUGGGCCUGGACCACCCAAGUGUAAAGGAUUAUGAACAAAAUCAAGAGCAUUAAAAGCAACGUCCCUACCUUAUCCGUGUUUGGUGAUAUUAUCAAAUUUUUGCAAAAGCAACGUACCCAUCUUAUCAUUAUUUUAUAAAGAUCCUAUGUCUAUCCGUAAAUGGACUAAUCUUUAGACACACAGAGAAUAUAAUGAGUUUGAAAAUAAAGUUUCUGCUUCUGCUUGUCUUGUAUCAUCAUGUUGAUUCUGCCUCUAUCGUCAAGUUUCUUCCUGGUUUUGAAGGCCCUCUUCCUUUCGAACUUGAAACCGGGUUUGUAAUUUUUUUUUUUUUUAACCAAUGCAUUUAUUUGUGUAUGUAAACAAGCAUUCUUCUUAAUGAAGGUACAUUGGUAUUGGUGAGGACGAGAAUGUGCAAUUUUUCUACUAUUUCAUCAAAUCUGAAAACAAUCCAAAAGAAGAUCCUCUUCUUAUAUGGUUAAAUGGAGGACCUGGAUGUUCUUGUCUUGGUGGUAUUAUUUUUGAGAACGGACCGGUGGGUUUGAAGUUUGAGGUGUUCAACGGAAGUGCUCCUUCUUUGUUCUCUACUACAUAUUCAUGGACAAAGAUGGCAAACAUUAUAUUCUUGGAUCAGCCAGUAGGAUCUGGCUUCUCCUACUCAAAAACUCCAAUUGAUAAAACUGGUGACAUAAGUGAAGUAAAGAGGACCCAUGAGUUUCUUCAAAAGUGGCUAAGCAGGCAUCCACAAUAUUUCUCCAACCCUUUAUAUGUAGUUGGAGAUUCUUAUUCCGGUAUGAUUGUCCCGGCCCUCGUUCAAGAAAUCUCACAAGGAAAUUAUAUAUGUUGCGAACCUCCUAUAAAUCUACAGGGUUAUAUGCUUGGAAACCCUGUAACAUAUAUGGACUUUGAACAAAACUUCCGCAUUCCAUAUGCUUAUGGUAUGGGAUUAAUCUCCGACGAAAUCUAUGAGCCAAUGAAGAGAAUCUGCAACGGAAAUUAUUACAAUGUGGAUCCAUCUAACACACAAUGUUUGAAACUUACUGAAGAAUAUCAUAAGUGCACUGCCAAAAUAAAUAUCCAUCACAUAUUAACACCAGAUUGCGAUGUAACCAAUGUAACAUCUCCUGAUUGUUAUUAUUAUCCAUAUCAUCUCAUUGAAUGUUGGGCUAACGACGAGAGCGUUCGCGAAGCUCUUCAUAUUGAAAAGGGUAGUAAAGGAAAAUGGGCGCGAUGUAAUCGGACUAUUCCAUACAAUCACGACAUUGUAAGCAGCAUACCAUAUCACAUGAAUAACAGCAUCAGUGGAUACCGAUCUCUUAUUUACAGUGGUGAUCACGACAUCGCGGUCCCUUUUCUUGCAACUCAAGCCUGGAUAAGAUCUCUCAAUUACUCCCCCAUUCAUAACUGGAGGCCAUGGAUGAUAAACAAUCAAAUCGCUGGAUACACGAGAGCUUAUUCCAAUAAGAUGACAUUUGCUACUAUCAAAGGAGGUGGACACACGGCAGAGUAUAGACCAAACGAGACCUUUAUCAUGUUCCAAAGGUGGAUCAGUGGCCAACCCCUGUAACAAAAGGCUUAUGACCUUCACCUAUAAUUAUCUACCAACUAAUAUCCACGUUAAGCGCAGUUGUUUGUGUUGAAAUGUUUUUGUUGUUUGCUUUGUUGCAUUCUUUUGUGCUUUAUGUUACAAUUUUAUGUGUUUUAUGUACUACAGUUCAUUAUUGUGCGUUGUGCAAUUCCUUUUACAUUUAACUAGGGACUAACCCGGGCUAGCCCCGGUAUAUUUCCUAACUAUACGUGCAAGAAAAUGAUGUUCUAUUUAACAUUUCAGUUUAACUUAUAUGGUACAAGUAAUUGUUUAAUUUUAUCUAUCCA